GUCAGGUGUCUGCUCUCCGCGCGCGUGUUUCUCUGUGUGCUCGCGGGCGUCGGACGCGCGGACGCUGUCAGUGUGUGUGUGUGUGUGUGUGAGCGGCAGUGUGUGGAAUAAGAGUCUUCAUCAUCCUCAUCAUCCUCAUCCUCGCGCUGUUUCUGGCGGGAGAAACAGAAAGAUAUAAAACCGUCCUCCGGAUCCCCGAGACCCUCUGAAGGCUUUUGGUCAGCGCCGUGUCAAUCUUCUGCGUUUGGAAUGUGACCAAGAGUUUCAGAACGGUGUGAUUCUGAGGGGUUUUAUUCUUUCAGUCCUCCGGCUGGAGACAGCUCAGAUGAAGAGGCUUUCAUGAGCGGUGCGCUCUGGCUCGGAGCAGGUUGUGUGUCUUUGGUUCAGGGAUCCAGAUGGAACCUGCAUGAACCUGCGGGUGGCAGUGAGUGUCUCAGGAGGGAGAAUGUUCCACUGACCUUCAGUCCUGCAACCUCAAACUCUCCGGUCCUCACCAUCUGCAGCAGGGCUUCCAGAGGUUGUGAGAGCGUUGCAGGAGCGUUGUGAGAGGCACACUCAGCGGGUCGUAACAUCAUGCCUGUGCCAAGAGUUUGUGUAGCGUUACCCUCCGUCCGACACACUGUCCUGCUGCUCACCGCCUGCGCCCUGCUCACCUGCGCCGAGUCUCCGCCAAAGUUCCUGCGCACCCCGAGCGAUCAGACGGGUGUUCAGGGUGGCGUAGCCUCCUUCAUCUGCCAGGCGUCCGGCGACCCGCGGCCCAAAAUCGUGUGGAACAAGAAGGGGAAACGGGUCAGCAACCAGCGCUUUGAGGUGAUAGAGUUCGACGAUGGCUCGGGCUCCGUGCUGCGCAUCCAGCCGCUGCGCACGCCACGAGAUGAAGCCAUUUACGAGUGUGUGGCGUCCAACAGCGUGGGCGAGACCAGCGCCACCACACGACUCACCGUCUUACGUGAGGAUCAGCUGCCCGCAGGUUUCCCCACCAUAGACAUGGGCCCUCAGCUGAAGGUGGUGGAGCGCACCCGUACAGCCACCAUGCUCUGUGCUGCUAGCGGGAACCCAGACCCUGACAUCUCCUGGUUCAAAGACUUCCUCCCAGUCAACACCAGUAACAACGGCCGCAUCAAGCAGCUCCGAUCAGAGUCCUUUGGUGGUACGCCAAUAAGAGGAGCGCUGCAAAUCGAACAAAGCGAGGAAUCGGACCAAGGGAAGUACGAAUGUGUCGCGACCAACAACGACGGCACACGUUAUUCCGCUCCUGCCAACCUGUAUGUCAGAGUGAGACGGGUUCCUCCCCGGUUCUCCAUUCCCCCAACGGAUAAUGAAAUCAUGCCUGGUGGCAGUGUAAACAUCACCUGUGUGGCCGUUGGGUCACCCAUGCCCUAUGUUAAAUGGAUGCUGGGGUCAGAGGAUUUGACCCCUGAGGAUGACAUGCCCAUUGGGCGAAACGUGCUGGAACUCACUGACGUCCGGCAGUCAGCCAAUUACACGUGUGUCGCCAUGUCAACGCUGGGCGUUAUAGAGGCGGUCGCACAGAUUACAGUCAAAGCUUUACCGAAGCCGCCAGGUGUUCCCCAGGUGACGGAACGCACGGCAACAAGCAUCACGCUCACAUGGGAUUCUGGGAAUCCUGAACCUGUUUCCUAUUACAUCAUCCAGCACAAGCCCAAAAGCUCUGAGGACUCUUUUAAAGAGAUUGAUGGAGUUGCUACCACUCGAUACAGCGUGGGCGGGCUGAGUCCUUACUCUGACUACCAAUUUAGAGUAGUAGCUGUAAAUAACAUUGGACGCGGGCCUCCCAGCGAAGACAUUGAAGCCAAAACGGCGGAGCAAGCGCCAAGUACCGCCCCACGACAAGUCCGAGGGCGCAUGCUAAGUGCCACAACUGCUAUCAUACACUGGGACGAACCCGAGGAGGCCAACGGGCAGAUCACAGGCUACAGGGUUUACUACACCACCGAUCCCAGCCAGCACGUCAACCAAUGGGAGAAACAGAUUGUAAGGACUUCCAAUUUUCUCACCAUUCCAGGCCUGACGCCCAAUAAGACUUACUACAUCAAGGUCCUAGCCUUCACCUCUGUAGGGGAUGGACCGCUCUCAUCUGAUCUGCAGAUCAUAGCCAAAACUGGAGUGCCCUCUCAACCAACCGAUUUCAAGGGUGAAGCCAAAUCCGAGACAAGUAUUUUGCUAUCAUGGAACCCCCCAACUCAGACGGGCCAGGACAAUCAGAUCAUCGGAUAUGAGCUUCUCUAUAAGAAAGGAGAUGACAAAGAGGAGAAACGUGUUAGCUUUGAGCCCACCACAACCUAUUUACUCAAAGAACUGAAGCCAUUCACUACCUACACGUUUCAGCUGGCUGCUCGCAGCAAACACGGCAUCGGCGCGUACACCAAUGAGAUCUCAGCUGAAACGCCUCAGACACAGCCCUCAGCCCCGCCCCAGGAAGUCAAGUGCACUAGUCACAGCUCUACCAGCGUUCUGGUAAGUUGGAAACCGCCCCCUGUGGAGCUUCAAAACGGGAUCAUGACCAAAUACACCAUCCAAUAUGCUGCGACCGAAGGCGACGAUACCUCGAUGCGACAAGUGUCAGACAUACCGCCGGAAAAGUACCACUAUCUCUUGGAAAACCUGGAGAAAUGGACGGAAUACAGAGUGACUGUGAACGCCCACACAGAAGCAGGAGAAGGCCCUGAGAGUUUACCUCAGCUAAUCCGUACGGAGGAGGAUGUGCCCAGUGGCCCUCCUCGUAAAGUCGAGGUGGAGGCUGUCAACUCCACGUCUGUUAAAGUGCUGUGGCGGUCGCCGGUGCCGAGCCGACAGCACGGACAGAUCCGCGGCUACCAGGUGCACUAUGUCAGGAUGGUUAAUGGAGAACCCGUCGGGCACCCAAUCAUCAAGGAUAUCCUGAUGGAUGAUGCUCAGUGGGAAUAUGAUGAUUCAGCUGAACAUGAGCUGGUCCUGUCAGACUUGCAUGCUGAGACCACGUAUUCGGUCACGGUUGCGGCGUACACGACUAAAGGCGAUGGCGCACGCAGCAAACCCAAGCUGGUCACCACCACCGGAGCCGUUCCAGAAAAGCCUCGUCUGAUGGUGAGUCCCACGAACAUGGGCACAGCUCUCCUGCAGUGGCACCCGCCGCCCAACACCUUCGGCCCGCUGCAGGGCUACCGGCUGCGCUUCGGCCGCAAGGACGUGGAGCCCCUGACCAUCAUCGAGUUCUCAGAGCGGGAAAACCACUACACCACCAAGGAGAUCCACAAGGGGGCGUCCUACACCUUCCGCCUCUCCGCCCGCAACAAAGUGGGCUUCGGGGAGGAGACAGUGAAGGAGAUCAGCACCCCUGAGGACACGCCGGCUGGGUACCCGCAGGGCAUCGUAGCUGAAAGCAGCACCACCACCACCAUCCAAGUUAGCUGGCAGCCGGUGGCGCUAGCCGAACGCAAUGGAGCCGUGGUCAAAUACGCCCUUCAAUACAAAGACAUCAACAGCCCCCGCAGCCCCUCGGAACUGUUCAUUACCGCGCCCGAAUCCACCGUCACGCUAGACGGCCUAAAAGCAGACACCACAUACGAUAUUAAAAUGUGUGCCUUCACCAGUAAGGGUCCCGGGCCCUACAGUCCCAGCGUCCAGUUCAGAACGCAGCCCGUCAAUCAAGCAGUGUUCGCAAAAAAUUUCCACGUGAGAGCAGCCAUGAAGACCUCGGUGCUGCUGACGUGGGAGAUUCCCGAAAACUACAAUCCCGCGCAGCCCUUCACGAUCCUGUAUGAUAACGGUCAGAGCGUGGAGGUGGACGGGAAGCUGACGCAGAAGCUGAUUAUUAACCUGCAGCCCGAGACGCAGUAUUCAUUCCUGCUCACCAACCGCGGGAACAGCGCCGGCGGUCUGCAGCACCGCGUCUCCACAAUGACGGCUCCAGAUAUUCUGCGCACCAAACCCUUCCUGAUCAGCAAGACCAAUGCUGACGGUAUGGUGACGGUGGAGCUGCCCGGCGUCCAAACUGCGGAGAGAGUUCGGGCUUACUACAUAGUGGUCGUGCCACUGAAGAAACAGCGGCCGGGGAAGUUCAUCAAACUGUGGGAGAAUCCGGACGAGAUGAAUCUGGAAGAGUUGUUGCGUGAGAUCAACCGCACAAGUGUGUCUCUGCGCUUCCGCCGUCACCUGGAGCUCAAACCGUACAUCGCCGCGUGUUUCCAUGAGCUGCCGAACGAGUUCACACUCGGAGACGCAAAGAUGUACGGAGAGUUCCAGAACAAGCAGCUGCUGAACGGACAGGAGUACGUCUUCUUCGUCCUGGCCGUGCUGGAGAUCUCCGACAGCAUGCUGUACGCUGCCAGCCCAUACUCAGACCCGGUGGUGUUCGCAGACAUCGACCCACAGCCCAUCAUUGAUGAAGAGGAGGGUCUGAUCUGGGUUGUUGGACCAGUUCUGGCCGUCAUCUUCAUCAUCUGCAUUGUCAUCGCCAUCCUGCUGUACAAGAGCAGUCAGCCAGACAGGAAAAGGGCAGAGUCCGAGGCCAGGAAAGGCAGUUUGCCCAGCGGUAAAGAGAUGCCGUCCCAUCAUCCCACCGACCCCGUGGAGCUACGCAGACUCAACUUCCAGACCCCCGGUUCAGCCACAUCGGUUUACCCCAGUAACCUCCAUUUGUCAAGGAUGGCCAGUCACCCUCCAAUCCCAGUCAUGGAGCUGGCCGAUCACAUCGAGCGCCUGAAAGCAAACGACAACUUGAAGUUUUCCCAGGAAUAUGAGUCCAUCGACCCCGGGCAGCAGUUCACAUGGGAGCAUUCAAACCUGGAGGUCAAUAAACCAAAGAACAGAUACGCAAACGUCAUCGCAUACGACCACUCGCGCGUCCUGCUGUCUGCCAUCGAUGGUAUUCCCGGCAGCGAUUACAUUAACUCAAACUACAUCGACGGCUACCGGAAGCAGAACGCCUACAUCGCCACUCAAGGAGCGCUGCCCGAGACCUUCGGAGACUUCUGGAGGAUGAUCUGGGAACAGCGGAGCGCAAACAUCGUCAUGAUGACCCGGCUGGAGGAGCGAUCCAGGGUGAAGUGUGACCAGUAUUGGCCCAACAGAGGAACAGAGACGUACGGCCUCAUCCAGGUGACGCUGCUGGACACAGUGGAGCUCGCCACAUACUGCGUCCGCACGUUUGCACUUUAUAAGAACGGCUCCAGUGAGAAGCGUGAGGUUCGUCAGUUUCAGUUCACGGCGUGGCCGGAUCACGGCGUCCCCGAGCAUCCCACACCAUUUCUGGCCUUCCUGCGCAGAGUCAAAUCCUGCAACCCGCCGGACGCCGGGCCCAUGGUGGUGCACUGCAGUGCUGGCGUGGGUCGGACGGGCUGCUUUAUUGUCAUCGACGCCAUGCUGGAGCGAAUUAAACAUGAGAAAACGGUGGAUAUUUAUGGUCACGUGACGCUCAUGCGUGCGCAGAGGAACUACAUGGUCCAGACGGAGGAUCAGUACGUGUUCAUUCACGACUCGCUGCAGGAGGCCGUAAACUGCGGGACCACCGAAGUACCGGCCCGAAACCUGUACGCCUACAUCCAGAAGCUGACGCAGAUCGAGUCCGGAGAGAACGUCACCGGCAUGGAGCUCGAGUUCAAGCGGUUAGCGAACACGAAAGCUCACACUUCGCGGUUCAUCAGUGCCAAUCUGCCCUGCAACAAAUUCAAGAACCGGCUGGUGAACAUCAUGCCAUACGAGUCGACGCGCGUGUGUCUGCAGCCGAUCCGUGGCGUGGAGGGCUCCGACUACAUCAACGGCAGCUUCAUCGACGGAUACAGGCAGCAGAAGGCCUACAUCGCCACACAGGGUCCUUUAGCUGAAACCACAGAAGACUUCUGGAGGAUGCUCUGGGAACACAACUCCACCAUCGUGGUGAUGUUGACCAAACUCAGAGAGAUGGGCAGAGAGAAGUGCCAUCAGUACUGGCCCGCGGAGCGAUCGGCCAGAUAUCAGUACUUUGUGGUGGAUCCAAUGGCCGAAUACAACAUGCCGCAGUACAUCCUGAGAGAGUUUAAAGUGACGGACGCGCGGGAUGGACAGUCGCGGACCGUCAGGCAGUUUCAGUUCACAGACUGGCCAGAACAAGGAGUGCCAAAAUCAGGGGAAGGUUUUAUCGACUUCAUCGGCCAAGUGCAUAAAACAAAAGAGCAGUUCGGUCAGGACGGACCCAUUUCAGUCCACUGUAGUGCCGGUGUGGGCAGGACAGGGGUCUUCAUCACACUCAGUAUAGUUCUGGAGCGGAUGCGCUAUGAAGGAGUCGUGGACAUCUUCCAGACCGUCAAGAUGCUGAGAACGCAGCGGCCGGCGAUGGUCCAGACUGAAGAUCAGUACCAGUUUUGUUACAGAGCCGGGUUGGAGUAUCUAGGGAGCUUCGACCACUAUGCAACAUAAGAUCUCGGUCACGCUGUCAGGGAGACGCAUCGGCCAUCGGACAUCCAGCGGUCAUUUAAUUCUUCUGAGCCAUAAAUACCUGCUUGUGAAAAGAACUUAAACUCUUCGAUUACAUGUUGGAUGUGCAACGUAAACCUAGAAAUACUUACAAAAGACAAUAACAGACAAACAUCCAGGUGGACCAAGACAAAAAAUCACCCCGAUCUGAAAAUAACCAAUACGUGAAUAAAGAAAUAGUAAUAAUAAUAAUAAUAAUAAUAAUAAAGAGGUGAAUCUGAAGCGGAAUAAUCGCUGCUGGGAGGAUUCAUGAAACUGUGGAUGUGCUGAAGCAUUUAGUGAGACGGGGAGCUCGAUAUACACAUCAGACGGAAGAGUUUGGUUUAAUUCACAAUCAAUAAGAGGAGAAACGUCACGGAUGAAGAAAGGAGACUUCAUCAUCAUCAUCAUCAUCAUCAUCAUCAUCACGAAGACAGAAAGAAAGCUAAACAAACUCAACUACAGUACUAACCUGAUGGUUCUGGAGAGAAACAACACAAUAACUCAUACCGGCUUCCGUUGAGCGUUUCCUCACCGUGUCUCACAUUCUUCUGUUUUUUAUGACGGAGAUCUGCUCAGACUGAGCGUGUCUUGCUUUCCACCAUUUUUCUCGCUCUGGUUUCGUUCUGGCGUCCCGAUGUCUGCACUUUUUCCCGUCGCCGUUUUUCGCUGGUGGUCUGUGGCAUCAGUUUUCUGUGUGCGCCGUGAAUCAUGGGGUGGGCAGAGUAUAAAGGUUAGAAGAUAUCUCAGUUCUUCCAUGAGCAGAGAGAGAUAUUACAGAGAAGAUGUCUUUAUUUAUAUAACGUCCAAAAUGUAUAUUCACAAAGCAUAAGAUAGAUAUAUAGAUAUAUAAAUGAUAAUAUAUGGAGAUGAUGGUGGGUUUUGUGUACAUCCGCUGGAAUGCACAUCAGACGGACUCAUCUUUUCUUGUGCAAUAAAUCGAGUUUCUACAGCCGAGGGUUUUGGCGGACGAUCGUCGUCAUACAUUCAUCGUCCACACGUAAUAAAAGACGUCCAUGUGUUCAUUCGUUUGCAUUUAGAGUGCCUUAUAUUUAUGCCUGUUCUUUUUUACGAUAUUCAUUUAAUGACGUGUAUAGUUUCGGUAGUUCAUGUACGAGUAUUUAUCGAUUGAUUUCCCACGCGUACCGAUUUAUAUUAUAGAAAAUUAUAUAUGCAAAUACGUAACUCCAUCAUUACUGUUUAAUUUCUGUGGCCUUAACUUGGCUCAGAGAAAAGAAAAAAAGACAAGGGUGCGAAAAGAAAGGUGUUUGAUCACCGCCAGGCCCGAUACUGUUAAAUCAUUUCUGUCAUAUUUCUUAUUGGAAGCAUUUGAGUUCUCAAACGAAUCUUGAGGAUAUUCGCCAAAAAAAGCAAACUUCGGUUGUGGAAAAUGACAUUCAAAUAAAUCACUAAGAAUUAUUAUAUACCUUCUGUGUUUUUAGCAUGGGAAUUACAGCCAUUUGAUCAAAAUAGCAAGUUGUUGACAAUGAAAAAUGACAUUAAAAUAAACCAAUGAGAAGAAUGAUAUACUUUUUAAAGAGCAAGUUUUAGAGUCAGAUUCCCAGCUAUUUCCAAAAUUAGCUCAUUUUUGUUGUUGGCAAUGGAAAAUGAUGUCAAAAUAAACCACUGAGAAGCAUUAUAUAUUUUCUGUAUAUCCAAUACAAAGUUUAAGCAUCAGAUUUCCAGCUAUUUUAGCUCAUUUUCGUUUGGCGAUGGAAAAUGACGCCAAAUUAAGCCUCUGUGAAGAUUUAUCCACCUUCUGUCUAUUCAAUACAAAGCUGUAGCAUCAAAUUCCCAGCUAUUAUUGUUGGUGAUGACAAAUGACGUCAAAAUAAACCAUUGAGCAGAAUUAUAUACCUUCUGUCUUUUUAAAGACCAAGUUUUAGCAUCAGAUUCCCAGCUGUUUUAUCAAAAAUAGCUAAUUAUUGUUGUUGGCGAUGGAAAAUAAUGUCAAAAUAAACAUUGAGAAGAAUCUUAUACCUUCUGUCUAUUUAAAGACCAAGUUUUAGCAUUAGCUUCGAAGCUAUUUUAAAAAACACUCAAUUAUUAUUGUUGGCAGUGAAAAUUGACGUCAGAAGACACCAUUGAGAAGUGUUGUACACUUUCUGUCAUUUUAAGACCAAGUUUUAGCAUCAGAUUCCAAGACAUUUUAGCAAAUAUUUGUUCUUUGCGACAGAAAAUGACAUCAAAAUUCAAAGAAUCAAUCCCACAGAGCUCUAAACGAUAAUCUAUCGUCAUUUUAUGUACAAAAAUGAAAUAAUAUUAAGAUUGGACACCUGAACCUCUUUGUGGAUGUGCAUUCCAGAUGCUUUUCCCCUUUCUUGUUCCAAAUGAAGCGUUUUGUUGUUGUUUUUUCGAUUGUUUCCAUCGUCAGUGUCGAACAGCGGAACUGUCAGUUCUCGGAUCUGCUCCACAUCGGCUUUUCUUUCCGCUUCUGGAUCUUUUUUGAAUAUGCAUGAGUUGACCUGCAGUGGGCGCGAGUAGGAAGAAUUGCACUUUGUAUCUCUUUAUCUCUAUGCACUGCCCUACUGAUUCCGCACCCAUUACGGAUUUUACUUGAACCCGACUGUACCAAUCUCCUUCAAACUUCACUUGGUGUGUAUGUAAAUAACACGGAAAAGAGACUACCCAAGUAAUAAGAGGAAAAAAAAAAAGAAGAAAAAAAAGAAAGUGUCUCUCGAGCAGGACUGAAGUGUUUCAGAUCAACACGUGGUGUUUCUCAGCUCCCUGUUACUCUCACAUCUGGAUGCAUAGACUGAAACUAAUUCAACUCAAUUGUAAAGAAAAAAUGGCUUGUUGAAAAAAAAAAAGAAUCAUAAAAUUACCUCUAAUUAGUUGUAAAUGUAAACUGUUUUUUGAUUUGAUUUGAUUUAUUUUUCUUUCUCUCUCUCUGAAUGAAUGGAGUGCUUUUUAUUUUCAUACUUAGAUGACAUUGGUGAAAAGACACAUCUGUACGAGAAGCCGUCCUUCUGUACUUUGCUGACACAAGUUCCAUUUGUUAUAAAUGAAUUCUAUUAAAAAAUGUAAGUGUUAUGCA